AUGUUUCUUUCUCUUGUAAAGUUCGUUCUUUUCUCGACGUGCAUCGGCGCUGCUCGUGCUGCGACGUACUCGUUGUCGGAUAAUAUUGUCGGCACAAAAUUCCUCUCGGAGUUCACGCACCAGGCAAUAUCUGAUCCAACUCAUGGUCGCGUGAACUAUGUCGACCAGUCUACUGCGUUGGCUGAAAACCUCACCUUUGCCACCUCGAACACAUUUAUCAUACGUGGUGAUCACAAGAAGACCCUUAGCGCCAGUGGGCCUGGUCGCGACUCAGUCCGCAUUCAGUCAAAUAAGCAAUACUCUACACACGUUGCGGUAUUUGAUAUCGUCCAUAUGCCACGUGGAUGCGGGACAUGGCCCGCAGUUUGGGAAGUUGGAAAUAACUGGCCAUAUGGUGGUGAGGUGGACAUCGUCGAAGGAGUGAAUGAUGUCAGUCCGAACCAAGCUACGUUGCAUACUGGGCCUGGUAUGUCAAGCACCUCGUGCUUGUCUGGAACCAGGGCGACAGCUGGCACUGACUGUAACUCGUUCGACAACUCUAAUGCGGGUUGCGGCGUGAAAGUAAAUAAGGCCAACAGCUAUGGCCCGCCAUUUGACAGUAAUGGCGGUGGCUGGUACGCAAUGGAAAGAACUAGUUCUCACAUCAAUGUGUACUUCUGGCCUCGCAACGAUGGCUCAGUCCCGAGCGACGUGAGGAACGGUGCUUCAACCAUUAACACAGGAAACUGGGGAACUCCUGUCGCGAACUUCCCGAGCAGCAACGGCUGCAACAUAAACUCCGCGUUUGCUCCGAACAACAUUAUUAUUAACUUAACUUUCUGUGGAGACUGGGCUGGCGCCUCGUCCGUGUAUGCGGCUUCCGGUUGCCCCUCGACUUGUGUCGCAGAUUACGUCAACAACAAUCCUUCUGCAUUCGUUAAUGCUUACUUCCAAUUCAAUGCUUUGAGAGUAUACACGUAG